AACUUUGGACCCUUUCAGUAAGGUAUUUAGUGUCAACACCAGGGUCGUAAAGUAUCAGUCCAAAAUGCGGGUGCGUUGGAAGAAGGCCAUUUUUGAUUUGCGAAGAUAUUGCCAGGAAACCACCAUCCAUGGCAUCAGGUAUCUGGUGGAUGUGGACUCUUGGAUGGAGAAAUUCUGGUGGUUCCUCAUUGUGAUCACGGGGUUCGCUCUGGCAUCAUUUCUGAUCUAUCGAGCGGUUGUGGAAUGGGAGGAUCAUCCCAUUCUCACCACUGUGGACUCAUCCUCAGUUCCAAUCACUUCCAUUCAGUUCCCCACAAUCACAAUUUGUCCCAAACGGAGAGUGGUGUAUCGUCAGAUGCAAAGCAGUUUACUGUACAAUCCGUGGAACAUGAUUGAAAAUCUCUUCAAUCAGUUUAACUUGACCAACUUCAAUGGUGACCCAGAAGAGAUUCGAUUCAUGAACGAUACCAGUUUUCUUCUUGAUGUUGUCAUCAGCAGCAUCCAACGCACCCUCACUCAAAACAUAAAGUUCGAUUUUGAGCAACUCAAAAUCAAAUGGGCUGAUGAACUUGACAGUGAUUAUUACAGAGAGGUUCGCCCCUCUUCUCGGAUUUUGCUCUCAUUUGAUUAUGAGUAUGAGGAGGAAUUUUCCUAUAGCGAUUUCAAUGACACCGCCGAGUUAUUGCAAAAUAACACGAUGCACCUGAAAAUAGAAAUCUACCAGAUGAUGAUCGAUAUCGAGAACAGUCCGCAAAAUGCCACCUCACCCAGGGCUUUCAUCUUGAACGAUAUCAAAAGCCACUUUGGCAAAUGUCAUGGACAGCUGGAAUUUCACACCAGCUACUUGCCACGUUGGCACGAGAUUCUGUCAGAAAGAUAUGCAGAACUGGAAGAAGCCGAAAAGAGAACAAGUUGCACAUCAAUCCGAUGCAAAACCGGCAUGAAAAGGUUCCAUGGCCUUUUGGAAAUGGGAGACUUUCUGUGCAAAAAUCGACCCCCGAGACUUGGGUCUCUCUUGGCCAAGUUUCGAAAGGAGAUCAUUAAGCAUUUCUUGUACUCCGAGAAGCGAUACAACCGAAUCCGAGAGUUCUUUGCCAAUGUGAUCAAGAACUUGAUUGGACCUCUUUACGGCCUCGAAAAGUUCAAUCUUCUGGAUGUUGGCCUCAACGGAUUCCGGACCGAAAGUAACGCCACAUUUGUGGAAUGUCGUCAUGAUCUUUUCCUUCGACAUCGACGCAUGUGGUUGAGCUAUUUAAAGGGCAACUCGUCUAUUUUACCUUGCUUGGGAUCCGAGGACCCUUGUUGUAGUUACAGCGGGUUCUACCGCCUUGGCCGUACAGCAGGCAACUCGUCUAUUUUACCUUGCUUGGGAUCCGAGGACCCUUGUUGUAGUUACAGCGGGUUCUACACCAAGCAUAAAAACGUUUUCGGACGUAUCCUACUCCAGAUGCUAGACAGCUUGGUCUCGGAUUACCCGGAGAUGCCCAAUGGAAACCGACUCGGGUACGACAUCCCGACCGAUUAUCGACACAAACGGAUGCCCAAGAUCCUUCGUUGUAACUUGGGAUCCUUUGGUCAAGUGGUCUAUGCUGAGCCCACUGAAGACUGCACCCUUAUGGAACCCACCUCCACGUUGAACGGGAUUUGCGUGACCUUCAAUCAAAAGAACGCCUUUGACAACCUCAAAAAAGAGGAGGAACGCACUCAAAACAUCCCGGAGAAGUUGUACGAGAUAUUGACCAACAAUCAGAGGAACAAGGUCUUCAACCCAAGAGGUCACGGCCUUGACUUUGGAUUCCAAUUACUGAUUUAUGAUCACGACCUUUUGGAACGGGAAGAUAAAGACUCGGAAUACACGAUUGGCAUAACCGAUCAAUACAAUUACAUGAACCCUCGUCUUAGUGAGUUCAAGACCACACCAGGCAUGCACACUUAUGUUUCCAUCACACCUCAAGAAACAGUGACACACCCAAAUGUGGUUGAGUACCCACAAACCGCCCGAGGAUGUCGAUUUCCCCACGAAAAUGAAGGACUGCACAUAUAUAAAGUCUACUCCAAAGCCGCUUGUCAGUAUGAAUGUGUCAUCUAUAGAGGGGUUCAAAGGUUUGGAUGCGUUCCAUGGAACUAUUUGAGCAACGUGACGGAUAAGAACAUUUGCGAUGAUGAAGCCACGAGAUAUUUCAACUUCUUCCUCCAAAACACGUCCUUCAUCCAGGAGCAUUGUGAUUGCCCGCAGGACUGCCAUCAAUUGGAGUUUACUUAUUCCGAGACCAUCAAGCCCGUGGACUUCAAGAGCUUGUGCAAGAUUGAGCCGGGAACAGAGGAAGAGAGUGACCUCUAUUGGUCAUUCCCGCAGAUUCUCCGCCGCUAUGAAAAUGUCUUCAUGGGCAAACUAAGAGCAAUUCGGGAUGGCAAAGAGUAUACUGAAUAUGAGGAAUGUAUCGCUCUUUGGUCCAAAGAGAUGACGUUGGUUGAGUUUAAAUUAGAUUCGCCCACCUUCACUAGAAUGACCAAGGAAGCCAAGACCACCUUCAUCGACAAAGUUGCCACUAUCGGUGGCACCCUGGGCCUCUUCACUGGGAUGAGCAUCAUCAGCAUGUUCGAGAUCUGCUAUUGGGGGAUGAAAGCCAGUCGCAAACUCAUAAUGAAGAACACCUUGGUCAAUAAUGUCCCUCUGAAUUUGUGGAAGAAACCAUCGUCCUCGUCCUCUUUGACAGCCAUUUCCCCUUCUCCCUUUGCCUCCACGAAAGUUCCAGAGCCUCAGAUUUGACGACAAUUCUUGGUGGUAAAAUAAUGUAGCUCACGGAUUUGACAUCAAUCACCAAGUAUUUAUCAGCUGAAGAGUCUGUAUGCCAACAUCGUUUCAAGUAAUAAACUCAAAAUACUCCAAGGUUCAUUGAUCAUGUAGAUGUGGUGCAAGAACCUCUCCAGAAGUGGACUGAGAGACAAAUGAAAAGAAUCGACGUUCUAUAUCCAUAUCAGUCAAAUUUU